AUGAUGGAGGUCGAUCCGCAAUAUUUUUCAAAUGUAAUUCCUUAUUGGAACAACGAUCUAGACAUUGCAACAUAUUCUGAUCAUUUAACUGUUUGGCUUGAUAAGUAUAUCGGUCGUCCAAAAGAAUACGAUACAUUAAAAGAUAAAUUUGGAAACAAUAUACAACCAUUAAUCACGUUGACUAAGGAAGAGAAGGAGUUUGAUGAAUAUCCGGUCACUUACGAAAAUCCUGAAACGUUGAAAAAAUUAGCAGAUCAUGUAUAUUGUUUGAAAUCAUUUUUUGAAAUUAAGGAUUGCCUAGAAUUUAUUAUGUCAAACAAAGAUAAAAAAAUAUUUUUUAUCUCAUCUGGUAGCAUGGGUGCACAAAUUGUGCCAGAACUAGUUCAUUUAAGGCAAAUUCAUGGUAUUUACAUAUUUUGUGGAAACAUUUCGCUACAUACGGAAUGGGCUAUGAACUACGUCGAUAAUAUAUCGGCAAUGUUAGAACAUCAAGAUGAUUUACUAAUACGUUUAACAAAAGACAUCGCUAAAUAUUUAGAAGAGAAAGGUGAUCAUUAUGUCCACGUUGAUGAGAGAAUUAGAGCCAAAAAUUGUUAUGCAUGGGCUAUGAAAUUAACACUGCGUACAAAAGAACUUCAGGAUACAAAUUAUCAAAAAACUCUUGGCAUUUUGAAGAAAAAAUUUGAUGAAAUUGAAGAUACAAGUUCUGCACCAUCAGAAAAUCAAAUGCAAGAAGACUAA